AUGUCGACAACAAGCAGUGCCCAGGGUUUGGGUGACGUCAGGAGAAAGGCGAAAAAGGAUUCCUCUGUGCGAUCUGUCAGAGAGGAGAAACCCUACAGUUGUGAGGAGUGCAACAAGCAGUUCGGUAAGCUCGGUCAUCUGAAGCACACCGGUGAGAAGCCCUACGAUUGUGAGGAGUGCAGCAAGCAGUUCAGUCAGCUGGGUGCUCUGAAAAGACACAUACGGACUCACACAAAGGAGAAACCCUACAGAUGUGAGGAGUGCAGCAAGCAGUUCAGUCAUCUGGAUUCUCUGAAGACUCACAUGCGGACUCACACAGGAGAGAAACCCUAUAAAUGUGAGGAGUGCAGCAGAGAGUUCAGUAAUCUGAGUAAUCUGAACAAACAUAUCCGAACUCACACAGGUGAGAAACCCUACAAGUGUGGGGAGUGCAGCACGCAGUUCAGUCAGUUGUCGAAUCUGAAGAGUCACAUGCGAACUCACACAGGGGAGAAACCUUACACGUGUGAGGAGUGCAACAAGCAAUUCAAUCAGCUGAGUGAUCUGAAGAAACACAUGAGAACUCACACAGGGGAGAAACCCUACAGGUGUGAGGAGUGCAACAGUCAGUUCAGUCAGCUGAGUGAUCUUGAAAGACACAUGCGGACUCACACAGGGGAGAAACCUUACCAAUGUGACGAGUGCAGCAGGCAGUUCUGUGAGCUGGGUAGUCUAAAGAAACACAUGCAGACUCACACAGGUGAGAAACCCUUCAGGUGUGAGGAGUGCAGCAGGCAGUUCAGUGAGCUGGGUGCUCUGAAGACUCACAUGCGGACUCACACAGGGGAGAAACCUUACAAGUGUAAGGAGUGCAGCAGGCAGUUCAGUGAGCUGGGUAAUCUGAAGAAACACAUACGGACUCACACAGGGGAGAAGCCUUACAAAUGUGAGGAGUGCCGCAGGCAGUUUAGUGAGUUCGGGAAUCUGAAGAGACACAUGCGGACUCACAAAGGUGAGAAACAGGUGCUACAAGCAAGGUACACAAGAUCUAGGAGGAUGUCGACAACAAGCAGUGCACAGAGUUUGGAGUACGUGAGGAGAAAGGUGAAAAGGGAUUUCUCUGUGCGAUCUAACAAAGAGGAGAAACGCUACAGACACAUGCUGACCCACACAGGGGAGAAACCCUACAAGUGUGAGGAGUGCAGUAAACAGUUUAGUGUGCUGAAUAUUCUGAAGAGUCACAUGCGCACUCACACAGGUGAGAAACCUUACAGCUGUGAGGAGUGCAGCAGGCAGUUCAGUUAUCCGGGCAGUCUAGAGAGACACAAGAGGACUCACACAGGUGAGAAGCCCUACAAGUGUGAGGAGUGCAGCAGACAGUUUAGUGAGUCGGGUGCUCUGAAGAAACACAUGCGGACUCACACAGGGGAGAAACCCUACACGUGUGAGGAGUGCAGCAAGCAGUUCCGUGAGCUGGUUAAUCUGAAGAGACAUAUGCGGACUCACACAGGUGAGAAACCCUACACGUGUGAGGAGUGCAACAGACAGUUCAGUCGACUGGAUUCACUGAAAAAACACAUGCGGACUCACACAGGGGAGAAACCCUACAGGUGUGAGGAGUGCAGCAGACAGUUCAGUCAGCUCGGAAAUCUAAAGACUCACAUGCGGACUCACAGGGGAAACUCAAAGGUGUGAGGAGACCCGAGUUCAGCAGCCAGUUGAGUGAGUCAGGUGAUCUAACUCAUGUGCACACGUAGUGAUGGUGCGAAAGCGAAACAGACAAUUCGGUCAGCUGUUGAUCAUAGUUUGUGUUGUUGGGGCAACAGCUUUUCUAUUAUCUGUGUUGGACGUCAUUCUGGAUUAGAUUUGAACUGGAUUUUGUUAACCAAGAGUUGAACUAUACUUUCCAACACAAACAAUUGGGUUUAAACAAAUUUUCGACGGACUAACCCCAGACUUAUUAAUGAAUGAACAACUUACUGCUUCUGUGACGUCAUGUUUUGUAGAUACAGAGACGGGGGCUGCCAUAAACUUUCCACUCAUUGAAGUUCCCUUAGUCAUGUGUUCUAUUUUUGACGACACAUAAGCUUUUGAACUUGAGCUUUGAGCUUAAGUUUGAUCGUUGAAAAUUUGCCAAAAAUUUGUGCUAGAAAUUAGAGUUGGGCAUUUUUCCUGUCAUUGAAGUAGUUAUGAUUCCACACGAAUAAUUGGUUGUGGUUUUAUAGAAGUUAGUUUUUAAGAUGUUAGUUUUGUUGGAAGCGUAUUGUAUUCAAGUUUAUUUCCUGUCUUUUAUCUUCUUUUAACUUCUUCAUAGAACAAAGUUAGCAUUGUUUUUUUUAAGUAGAAAAUAAGGUUGUUUUCUUGAAGUUUAACUUAACAUUUUAUUUAAAUCUAGAAUCAAGGACGUUACAUAUAGUCCUUGCUAGAACCUAACAUGCUGUUUGUAAGGUAUAACAUUGUUUUUGUACCUUCAUGGACAAAUGAGGAACAGUAGCAAGUUAAUGAGUACAGGGGGAAGGAGUUCCUUCUUUACGAGUGAACUUACAACCAGAGAUGAUGAUAAAUGUAUUAUUUUCCUGUUCUUCUAGAAAUAGUAGCUCUGCUAUGUUUCUUUAUAUAUUUAAGGCUUGCAGUUACAAUUGAGAUAUGAUGACAAAAGACAAGUAGAAAUGUUAAGAAUUUAGUCAGAUAA